ACAAACCAUUCAAUGGACCACCGCUGAAGCGCGUAAGACCAAGUGAAGGUGUGGUCAUUUGGAUCAGCAUCAUGCCAAAGUUGAGUCCGUUCAGCUCUGUUCUCACGGAUACUCCUGUUUUUAGUUAAAGUUGAAGUCUUCCAUUCAUGCUCAUGUCCAUCAUGCCGACAGAAGGCUGCGCUACGCCGUGUCUUUGCUCUCCUCGGAUCUGAUUCAUUUGGGGUUUCCGAUUGUCUCUUUUACGCACGAAGACACCACCAGCACGGACUACCGGCGUGAUUGUUUUAUAUCCAGUCUUGUUGUCUGACCUGUUUGGACACAUGUCUCCAGUCUCAUCGAUGCGCUUUCCAUAUCUAUUGGUUCUUCUGUAUGGAUAAAACACGACCGGCCUUCUUCAUCUUGAAUAAUUCUACAAGACGCGUAAAAGGUUCAUAGUCCAGCCAUGGCCAUGGUGGUGAGCGUGUGGAGAGAUCCGCAGGAGGAACUGGCACCGGAGGGAUCUCUGGAUGAUCAGAGCGGACCGGGGGGAGACCACCACCAUCACCACCACGUGAGCUCAGCCGCGCACUCUCCAAACACCGGACUGCCUUCCGCGGAGGAUAAAGGACAGAACUCGGCGCAGAACCAGCAGCACAUUGAAUGCGUGGUUUGCGGGGAAAAAUCCAGCGGGAAGCACUACGGACAGUUCACCUGUGAGGGAUGCAAAAGUUUCUUCAAGCGGAGCGUUCGGCGGAACUUAACGUACACGUGCCGUGCCAACAGAACGUGCCCGGUGGACCAGCACCACAGGAACCAGUGCCAGUACUGCCGCAUGAAGAAAUGCCUGAAAGUGGGCAUGAGACGCGAAGCGGUUCAGCGAGGAAGAAUGCCGCCGAACCAUCCAAACCCAAGCCAUUACGCGCUGACCAAUGGAGAUCCGCUGAAUGGCCAAUGCUACCUAUCCGGAUACAUAUCUCUCCUGCUUCGGGCUGAGCCAUAUCCAACCUCCAGAUACGGAAACCAGUGCAUGCAGUCGGGUAACAUCAUGGGCAUUGAAAACAUCUGCGAGCUGGCUGCUCGUUUGCUCUUCAGUGCGGUGGAAUGGGCCAGGAACAUCCCUUUCUUUCCUGAUCUCCAAAUCACGGAUCAGGUGUCUCUUCUGAGACUCACCUGGAGUGAACUUUUCGUGCUGAACGCUGCGCAGUGCUCCAUGCCUCUCCACGCGGCUUCUCUCCUCGCAGCUGCUGGGCUCCACGCGUCCCCGAUGUCCGCGGACCGCGUCGUAGCUUUCAUGGAUCAUAUCCGAUUCUUCCAGGAACAGGUGGAGAAACUGAAGGCCCUGCAGGUGGACUCCGCCGAAUACAGCUGUGCCAAAGCAAUAGUGCUAUUCACAUCAGAUGCAUGCGGUCUUUCAGACGUACCGCACAUAGAAAGUCUUCAGGAGAAAUCUCAGUGUGCUCUGGAGGAGUAUGUGAGGAGUCAGUACCCGAGCCAGCCCACACGCUUCGGCAAGCUGCUGCUGAGGCUCCCCGCGCUCCGGAUGGUGUCCUCCACCGUCAUAGAACAGCUUUUCUUCGUUCGGCUGGUGGGUAAAACGCCCAUUGAGACCCUCAUCAGGGAUAUGCUGCUAUCUGGGAGCAGUUUCAACUGGCCCUACAUGUCCAUUCAGUGAGAGGAAGAUGGAGAUGGGGACAUUUGGUGAGCAUUUACAGACAUAAAAAACUAAACAGUCACGGAGGACGCAGAAACUCUCUCUUAAGUGUCGGUUUAUAUAGCAAUGAUAUUCGUGAAAAUGUGAAGAUCUUUACUCUCUUUCUCAUGAUCUCUGAUUUGAACAGUACACGUGCUAUAAAAAAUACUUUAUAAGAUAACUUUUGAUUCAUUUAUUCAACAAUUUAAUUGUCCAAUUUAUUUGCUUUUU